GAGCUCAUAACCACUCUUCCAGCCGUCCCAGUAACGCCGCACCCACGUUGUUUUCCAUCCACUUUUUCAUACCAUCAUCUCCGCUGCUUCUGGCAUUAGCGGCUUAUCUAUCGGGACGCUAUACCGGCUACCUCAAUUUAAUUCAGACACCAUGGUCGGCCACGGAAUGACGGGGAUGCUCGGCGAGGAUGGUAUUCAUGUCGAUAUGAACCACCUCAAGAAGGGAGAAGUGAACCUAGGAACUUCGAUUAUGGCUAUCAACUUCAGGGGUGGUGUUAUAUUGGGCGCCGACAGCCGAACGACAACCGGAGCAUACAUCGCGAACCGAGUCACCGACAAAUUGACGCAGGUGCAUGACACUAUCUGGUGCUGUCGAUCAGGGUCCGCUGCGGACACCCAGGCUGUGGCAGAUAUUGUAUCCUACCAUCUCAACAUGUACUCAAUCACCAACAACGAGGCCCCCAGUACCCAGGUUGCCGCAGCAUUGUUCCAGGAGCUAUGUUACGAUAACAAGGAUAUGCUAAGUGCUGGUAUCAUCAUCGCCGGAUACGACCCGAAGCACGGAGGUCAGGUGUACUCGAUACCUUUGGGCGGGUCACUUCACAAGCAACCGUACUCGAUUGGCGGGUCCGGAUCGACCUAUAUUUAUGGCUACUGCGACACACACUGGAAGGAGGACAUGACGGAGGAAGAGGGCAUCAACUUCGUUCGCUCAGCGCUGCAAGAAGCAAUCAAGUGGGAUGGUAGCUCCGGUGGUGUAAUCCGACUGGUGGUGCUGACGUCUCAGGGCGCCCAGCGGCACCUCUACCUGCCGGACACGGGCUACACCGGACCCGGCGUUACCAAUUAACGAAUGUAUCUAUACGGGACGAUGACUUAAUUGUUGUUAGCUGCUGAUUGAUCUAUUGAUAUUCUUCGGUUCUCCGAGUAGAUGUGUCGUUCUCAUCGGUAGCUCUAUCGAAACCGAUCGGUGCCUAUGGGUGCCUAUGGCGGUGGGGGACACGAUCUUCACCGGGUGGGAAUUGGGGGCGUGUGAUAGUGUGGGCGAUUGAUAGGGCUGUUCAGGAGCCACUUCUCCUCAUCUUAUAGUUUGCUUGGCCGAGCGGUAUCACUUGACGGGUUUCUCUUUGAUUGUUGAGGCGUCACCAUGCAUACUCGAUUAGCCCAGGUUUAGGUGAAGGAAGACGAGGUCACUAAUCCGGGACAUCUCCAGCUAGAUACUAUCUACGCAGUGUAUCCCACGCGGGCAUGGCACCACCCGACCUGAUCGCAGGU